CUUCUUUCAGCAGCAGCAAUAGUUAGUCAGACACCUCGGUAGCUUGCUGGACACAAUAGCCGAACCAAUAAAGCUCUUUAGAUGCUUUCGUUUUUUUUAUUAGCCACUGUGUUUUAAAACCACUUCUGUCGUCUUGGUUAGUUAUCCGAUUUAAUUUAAUAUUUACGGUGUUGUUGUUAUUAGUCAGCUGGCGGGCUGGUUAAGUUAGCAUUAGCCUAGCUAGCUAACAUCCCCGACCAUGCGGUCACUAAGCUACUCUUCUCCUGCUAAAGAUAAUAUCUGCUGGACGGAGAAAGAAGCUCUGAUCUUUCCGGUGAAAGAGGAGAAGGAAGAGGAGGAAAUCACAGUAAAACAAGAAGUAGAGGAUGAGGCUCUUACAGUGAAAGAAGAGGAAGAUGCGUUCCGAGUGAAAGAGGAAGAGGGUGUUACAGUAAAAGAAGAGGAAGAGAAAGGGGAUGAUGCCGUAUUUGGAGUGAAAGAGGAGGAAGGGGAGAUUACAUCGAAAAAGGAGAACGAGGAGGAAACUGGAUGUCUGAGGCCGGUUUCCCAAACGCAUCUUAAGGCAUCCAACGAUGAAAUUAGCCGUAAGAUGGUUUUGUUUAACAGCGUCCUGAUUAAUACUAGAGAGAUACGGGACUAUCGUGGAUCCUUUGGGGAGCCUCAACAACCUCAUGAUGCUGACGAGGCAGAGAAGAGUCUCUCCAGAUCAGAACACCUCAAUAAACACCUGCAGAGAUCCACAGGGAAUAGAACUCACUGCUGCUCUGACUGUGGGAAGAGAUUCACCUCAUCAGGCAUUAAAAUUCAUCAGAGAACACACACAGGAGAGAAAUCUUAUAGCUGUGAUCAAUGUGGGAAGAGUUUUAGUCAAUCUGGAGAUCUGACAAUACACCAGAGAACACACACAGGAGAGAAACCUUAUAGCUGUGUUCAAUGUGGGAAGAGUUUUGGUAGAUCUAGCUAUCUGACAGUACACCAGAGAAUACACACAGGAGAGAAACCUUAUAGCUGUGAUGAAUGUGGGAAGAGUUUUACUACUUCUGCCUAUCUGACAGUGCACCAGAGAACACACACAGGAGAGAAACCUUAUAGCUGUGAUCAAUGUGGGAAGAGUUUUAGUCAAUCUGGAGAUCUGACAAUACACCAGAGAACACACACAGGAGAGAAACCUUAUAGCUGUGUUCAAUGUGGGAAGAGUUUUGGUAGAUCUAGCUAUCUGACAGUACACCAGAGAAUACACACAGGAGAGAAACCUUAUAGCUGUGUUCAAUGUGGGAAGAGUUUUGGUAGAUCUAGCUAUCUGACAGUACACCAGAGAAUACACACAGGAGAGAAAUCUUAUAGCUGUGUUCAAUGUGGGAAGAGUUUUGAUAGAUCUAGCUAUCUGACAGUACACCAGAGAAUACACACAGGAGAGAAAUCUUAUAGCUGUGGUCAAUGUGGGAAGAGUUUUACUACAUCUAGCAGUCUGACUACACACCAGAGAACACACACAGGAGAGAAACCUUAUAGCUGUGAUCAAUGUGGGAAGAGUUUUGUUACAUCUAGAAAUCUGACUUUACACCAGAGAACACACACAGGAGAGAAACCUUAUAGCUGUGUUAAAUGUGGGAAGAGUUUUGGUAGAUCUAGCUAUCUGACAGUACACCAGAGAAUACACACAGGAGAGAAACCUUAUAGCUGUGAUGAAUGUGGGAAGAGUUUUACUACUUCUGCCUAUCUGACAGUGCACCAGAGAACACACACAGGAGAGAAACCGUAUAGCUGUGAUGAAUGUGGGAAGAGUUUUACUACAUCUGGCUCUCUGACUUUACACCAGAGAACACACACAGGAGAUAAACCUUAUAGCUGUAAUCAAUGUGUGAAGAGUUUUGCUACAUCUGGGCAGCUGAAUGUACACCAGAGAAAACACACAUAAUAGAAAUCUUAUAGCUGUGAUCAAUAUGGGAAGAGUUUUACUCAGUCAAACAACACCAGAGAAUACACACAGGAGAGAAACCUCUUAGCUGUGACCAGAGGUAAUCUGAUAAAAGAUCUCUGACUAAACAUCAGAAAAUACAUGAAGCAGUUGUUUCAUGAUAUCAAUGAAUUAAUGUCACAAUGUAGAAUGUUUUAACAUUGUAGUAGGAGUAUUUUAAUGAUGUCACAAUGUAGAAUGUUUUAACAUUGUAGUAGGAGUAUUUUAAUGAUGUCACAAUGUAGAACCCUAAACGUUUGUCCCCUGUUCUAUUGAUUUCAACAUGAUAUGGAUAUUAGCCUCAGGGGGAAAAUCCAGGCUCUGAAUUGGAAGAGUACUAUUUAUGUGAUUUAGUAAGGACACAUUAUUCCCAGAUUCUGUGUGGUUUUUGAGCUGUUAGUUUUAGCAGGACGUGCAACCUCAUCUCCCUCCUGUCACAUAAAUGAUUUUAGCAUGAUAUCGAUGAGUUAUGACAAAUUAGUGUUGCGUUCCUUUGUUUAGCGACCCCUACAUUUAAAUGCAUUCCAACAUCACGUACAACCGGAUUUCCCCCCUAAUUGAUAUCAGUGAUUUAUUGCUACUUGUCAAAACAACUUUUCUGGAAAUAUGAUUAUUGUGGCAGAUGUUUGUGUAAAUAGCACAUGUUAUGUUUAGGUUUUCAAUUUAUCCCAAACUGUUUCUGCAUAUUGGUUAUUGAUUUGGACACGUUAAAACUGUGUUUUGACAUUGAGGCUAUCCCACCUAGCACAGUGUAAUUGAAAAGUUGUUGAAAAUAAGACUAUGCAAUCAAAUAUUACCAUUAAGUGAAUUUUUUGACAAUACAUAUUAUCAAUGGGGUGUACAUUUGGUUUUGGUAAUUCAUGUUUACAAUUCAUGUAACUUUUAGUAAUCAUAAUUAUUUAUGCAAUCAACUGACAAUUUUCGGGUAUAAAUAUAUUGACAUUGUUGCCCUUCUUUUAGAAUAGCAGGGUUCAUUCUCAGAUGUGCCAACCCAAAUGUACUAGAGCAUGACAUUGGGGACUGGGCCCCGAUCCAACAACAUGCCUAUCGAGUGAACCCUGAAAAGAGAGAGAAGCUCUGCAGUGAGGUGGAAAGUUACUACGGAUAUUGCAGGAGUUUCCUCUUGAAAUCAGACACGUCCGUGGUAAGGACAACUUGGUUGCUGAUUGUCUCAAGAAUGGGCAGUCAAAAAGAUUUGUGUUUUGCCAGUGAGUUGCCAUGGAUCACAAUUCAUUUUGACUGCACGAUUUUCCGUAUGGGAGAUGAGUUUUGUUUGGGCUCGUUCCAAGGGGACGAGAGUUCUAGAAGCUAGUGGGUUUUAGGAAGAAGAGAGUUCUAGAAGCUAAUGAGUUUUAGGAAGACGAGAGUCUAUAGAAAGAAAAAGGAGAAAAGAUACGAUAUUAUUAUACGAUUGUAUAUUAUUAAUUAGAAAUAUGUGUUUUUUCUUGUUUUUAAUUGUUGACUGCCAGUAGACACCAUGUUUAUAUUGGUGAAGCAUUUUAGUUGAUUAUAAUGUGAAAUGGAAAUUGUUUUCUGUUGGUGGUGAGCAAACUUGUCCAACAAAAAUAUAGGAUAUAUUUGUUGUCUUAAGGGGGAAGGUGUUACAGGCUUUGGUUUUUCCAUUUAUGUUUUGAGGUUGGACUCGCCCAUAUAGCUUGUUAGCAUGUAUAGCUCGUUAGCACGUCUAGCUCGUUGGCACGUAGGACGCACUGAUUGGUGUCACCUCGUUAGUAAGUAUGUGUUACACCUGUGCUGGCUUGUCCAUCUCGUUAGUGGGAAGGUAUUUCACCUGAGCUGGUCCAGGUUCUAUUUAAGAGUGUCUGGGCCAGUGCUCCAGUUGUUUUGAUAGAUGUGGAGAGUCAACACCUUUUAGUUGCUCCACCUUUUUGGUUUGUGUCCUAGCUUUAAGUUUGGUGUGGGUUUUUCUUUUGUUUGCCUCUUCUUGGGCAGAUUUAAUGGGUCUCAUGGUGGGUGUCUUUUAUGUCCCAGUUGUUGUUACUAGUAAACUUCCAGUGGACACCCCCAUAGUGUCUUUCAGAGCCCCUCCUAGAACCUGUUUAGUUGUGGUUGUUAUCAGUGAUUCUUUGUUAAUUCCAUCUUCUGUUUGAGGAAAAAUGUUGGUUUUCUUGCUGGAGAACGUAACAUCAAACAAUGGAGUAAGACAUGAUAUUUUGGGUUGGAUAUUGCAGUGAAUUGUUCAUAUUUUAAUCGAUGACAUUUACUUAGAAUGCUCAUUAGUUUUUCAGUUAUUCUGUUUUUUAUCCUCAAUAUUUCUGUUUAUUUUCAUUGUUUUUUUCCUGUGAAGCCAUUGUGUUGCAUCCAUGUCUGAAAUGUGCUGUAUAAAUAAAGCUUGAUUUGAACAUAUUGCAAAACAAAUGAA